AUGAGGCAGCCGGAGGCAGCCGGCAACAGCGACCCCUUGGAGAACUUCCGCAGCCGGCCGGGACAACAGGUCUACCCAGCACCGGCCGAAAUACGACUAAGUCCCGCCGGAUCCGGGAGCACUCCCAGCCGAGCCGACGGGCAACCCGUGCCCCGUGGUCUGCCUGCUGACACGCUGAACUGGCGAAACAGCGCCCCCGCCCCCGCCCCCGCCCCGUCCCACCCACGCCCUCCUGAGACCCUACACAGCCCGGCCCCCCUGGCCCCGAUGCGGCUCGCCCCGCCCCGCCCAGCGGUAGAGGCGGCCGCCGCCGGCACCACCGCCAGCACACAGGCGGCCACUUUCGGGCGGGUUCUUUCACGGUCCGCAGAGGUCUUCCGCCCUCGACCUCAGUCCAGGGGGCCGUCAUCCCUUCAGGCCACCACACCGCCCCCUCGCCGCCCCCCGCCACCUGCCCCCGCCCCCCCGCCGGGCGGCGGGGCACGCCCACCCGCCCGCCCGCCUGCCUGGCUGCCCGUCCGCAUGCACGCUCUCGCGUGCCCUCACUCCCUGGCCCUGGCCCCGUCCCCGUCCCCGCCACCGCCCCCUGCCCUUACCCCUGCCCUUGCCGUCUCUGUCGGAGCCGCCCACGCCCGUCGGCGACAGCAGCAAACGGGUCCCCGCCCCGCACCGCGCGCCCGCGCGCGCGGCCGGGGGAGACCCGCCGCCGCCCUCGAGGCCCGCGCGCCCAAGCCCCCGCCCCGCGUCUCGGGCCUGAGACCCGCGCGGAGGGAAGUCGAGGCCGCGCGGCCCGGCGGAGCCUCUCUUGCUCUCCCCCCGGGGGCGCGCCCCCGCGGCGCGCCCCCCCCCGUGGCUGGCCUAACUGGCGGCACGCGGCCCUUCGCUCGCUGCCCGGCCCCCGGACCCCGCCGCCGGGUGCCCCACGAUCAUGCGGUACGCGACGGGGGAGAGGCGGCGCCGCAUCCGUCCGCCCCUCCGGCUCCCAACCACGAGCGGCGCUCCUCACCGGGCCCGCCCGCGGACGGGCGGGCGGCCGGCUAUCGCGAGCCCACCGAGGCGCCGGCGGCGCUGCGGUAUCGCUACGUCUAG